AUGUCAACUGCCUACAGUCCGGGCGUCGCUGCCGUCUGCAGAGAGAUAGUGCGCGAUCGCAGCAGAAUCUACGACCUCACCAGCAAGGGAAAUAUGGUCGCAGUCGUGAGCGAUGGCUCCGCUGUCCUUGGACUCGGCAACAUUGGGGCCGAAGGCUCGAUGCCCGUCAUGGAAGGCAAGGCGCUGUUGUUCAAGGAACUGGCAGACAUUGACGCAUUUCCCAUUUGCAUUGAUGCGCACGAAGCCGAUGAGAUUAUUGCCAUAGUUCGCGCCAUUUCUCCGACAUUCGGCGGAAUAAACCUUGAGGACAUAGCAGCGCCAAAGUGCUUUGAGGUCGAAGACGGCCUCCAAGACCUCGGCAUCCCGGUCUUUCAUGACGACCAGCACGGCACGGCGGUCGUAGUUCUUGCCGCGAUGGUCAACGCUCUUCGUGUCGUCAACAAGGAAUUCGCCGAUGUCAAGGUCGUGUUCAGUGGAGCGGGCGCGAGCGGAAUCGCCUGCUGCAAGAUACUCCAGGUGAUGGGCGUCGAGAACAUAAUCCUGGCGGAUACGCGUGGCAUCAUCUACCAGGGACGCGACAACCUGACACCCGCGAAAGAGGAGAUUGCGCUCACCACCAAUCCGGAAGGCAUCAAGGGAGAUGUGCAGGAAGCACUUAAGGGCGCGGAUGUUUUCAUCGGCCUCUCCGUAGCGAAUCUCCUUACUGCGGACGACAUACGCACAAUGAACAAAGACCCCAUCGUAUUGCCUAUGGCGAACCCCGACCCUGAGAUUCUGCCGGAAGAAGCUAUGCGCGGCGGAGCGGCAGUAGUUGGCACGGGCAGAAGCGACAUGCCCAACCAGAUUAACAACGUGCUCGCGUUUCCCGGCAUCAUGCGCGGCGCUCUCGAUGCGCGCGCCGAGCGCAUUACUGCCCGCAUGAAGGUCGCCGCCGGAUUCGCAAUUUCCGACCUCGUGCCAGAGCCAACGCCCGAAGAGAUUAUCCCCUACGCGCUCAACAAGGAUGUCGUUCCCGCCGUAGCCAAGGCAGUCGCCGACGCAUGGCAGGAAGACACCUCGCAAUAA